AGCUAAGCUAACAGUUCCCUCUGCUCUCAGUAUUUGUGCUAAGCUAAGGUAACUGUUUCCUCUGCCCAGAGUUUUUGUGUUAAGCUAAUAGUUGUCCUCUUUUCCUAGUCUUUGUGUUAAGCUAAGCUAACAGCUCCCUCUGCUCUUAAUCUUUGUGCUAAGCUAAGCUAACAGCUCCCUCUGCUCCUAGUCUUUGUGCUAAGCUAAUAGUUGUCCCAUUUUCCUAGUCUUUGUGUUAAGCUAAGCUAACAGCUCUCUUUGCUUCUAGUCUUUCUGCUAAGCUAAUAGUUGUCCCCUUUUCCUAGUCUUUGUGCUAAGCUAGCAGCUAAGCUAACUGCAGCUGGUCGAUGAUCAGAACAUUCACUCCCCCCUCCUCCCUCUCUGUGGCCCCUCCCCUCCUCUUCCCUCCUGUCUCCACUCAGAUCAGCUGUCGGAUGAGAGAAGAGAGGGAGGAAACACCAGGUCAGGUUUCUGUCUGAGGACCUGAGUGAACACUGCAUCCAUUUCCUCCUAAUGGAGCCAGAGCAGCAGCUAGCAUUAGCCUGGGUACCCCACUCUAUCCUCCCCUGGGAACCAGAACCAUUAGACCAAGGAUGUUGUCGUCUCCACCCUCCACCUCUCUCCCCUCCUCCUCCUCCCCACCUCCACCCCCCCACACAGUGACCUCCGCCUCCCGACGCGUUGCCUUGGAAACGUACUGGAGGGAGGUCCAGAGCAUCGAGGAGGAGAAGGAGGGCGAGGAUGAGGAUGAAGAUGAAGAGGAUGAGAGGAAGAGUUUGGACGAGGCGGAGCUAGACGAGACCUGGCUGACAGAGGCGGGGUUAUCCUCCCUGGUCACGGCCUCGUCCGAGGAGAAGAUGGCGCCACCAGCUGAGGCCCUUCUGUCUACGCUGACCGGCCAACAAGCCGCAACUGUGAGGAGGAGGCUGGACAACUACAACGAGACGCUGAGGAAGAGAAACAAACAGCCAAUCAGAGACGUCCGAGACGUCUUCACUCAGGCUGACAAUGAUUUAGCAGACAGAAGCCCCUCCCCUCCCUCUAACUGCUCCGGGUCAUCACCGAGUCGAUACCACGUGACCACGAAAACAAUCCGUCGCCACACCCACAGAGUUCGACCGUCUGUCCCUAUGUGUCUUUUCAACGAGCGUCCUUCUGAAGAUCCGUCGUCGCCAUCACUCUCUCUGCCCCGAAGCCCCUCCCCUCCUAUGCCCGUCACUCAGACAAGACAACCUGAUUGGAUGCUGCGGGAUUCUCCGUACUCAGAAGGUGUGGCUGAGCACAAACAGGGUGGGGCUUGUUGGGACUGUCUACGUUUCCAUGGAGAUGACAACUGUGAUGUGCCGUUCGUACCCGUCUCACCCUCUCAGGGUCUCACCUAUGCAGAUGACCUGUCGUCAUGUGACCUCACUCAGCUUGGUUUCAUCUCUCACAUUGAGCUCUCCACCUUCCUGCUCGCUCUGGGUGUCCAAACCAAACACACCCGGCCUCCACGCCGCUGGAACCAGGACAGCGGUGUGUUUGGCGUUCCUCUGAACUUUCUGUUGGAGAAUGACAGGAAGAAGUUUCCCGGGGUUAAAGUUCCCAUCGUCCUCCAAAAGUUGUUGUGUAUUUUAGAGCAGAGUGUGGAGACUGAGGGGAUCCUCAGAGUUCCUGGAUCAGUCGCUCGACUCAAGUACCUGCGUCGAGAGUUAGACAGGUGUGGUGGAGACAUCGACUGGUCGUCAGUGAGACAGGUGGAAGCUGCAGGUUUAUUGAAGCUUUUCAUCAGAGAGCUGCCGACACCUCUGCUGACACACACACACCUGUCCACCUACCACUCUGUGCUGGGGAUCUCCUCGGUGCUUCAUCAGGUUCAGGCUCUUCAUCUCUUGUCGUUGUUGCUUCCUGAAGUGAACAGAGAAACGCUCAGAGCCCUGUUAAUCUUCCUGCGUAAGGUCGUCUCUCAUCAGGACCAGAAUCGAAUGUCUCUGUGGAAUGUCUCCAUGGUAAUGGCACCCAACCUGUUCUCUUGCCGUCACCAUGGCAACAAGCAGUCCUUUGCUAAGCAACGGGAAGAGAUGGAAGAGGCGGUGGGCGGGGCUCACCUGAUUCGGCUGAUGAUCACACACCAGGAUCUGCUGUGGACUGUACCAAGGUUCCUGCUGUCUCAGGUGAGACAGAUGAACCAGGCAACCAAUCAGAAACAGUUCGGCCUCACCAGGACAACGAAACGACUUCUGAGGAGGAAGAACGACAGGAACCAGGUAACGGAGCUGUGUGAAGGUGUGAUCAGGGUUCACGCCCCCUUACACACCAAGGUUUCCAUGGCGGUACAACUUGACGGACAAACUAGAGCCAAAGACGUCACUGCUCGCUUUGAGUGUGAGAACAGUCCAGUUCAGUGUCUGUAUGAAGUCGGAGGAAACAUCUGUGAGUCUGGUUAUGACAUCAACAUAAUCUCACCUGCAGGUAAAUCAGAAUAUCUAAACCUGUCUGUCUCUCAGGUGAACGUCGUCUCCACCCAGACUGCGUCCUGUUGGAUGUUUACAGAGUGAAUCCUCACUGUGAUUGGCUGAUCAAACCCUGAUUCAUAGACAUUUGUCUCACUACCGACCUACAAUCAUCUGAGACCUGUCCCAAAACUGGUCCAACCUGUCUCACCACCUCUUACAACCUUGAUCCUGUUUCACAACGUGCCUUACCACCUGUCUUCCUGUCACAACCUGUCUCACCAUCUCAACCAACCCGCUGACAACUUCCUCCUGUCACACAAAUGUUUUCUUAAAGUUUCACUUAUACUUUAUAAACGUUCGAGAAAAAUAAAUGUUUUUAUUAAUCUUCUUUUUGAAUCUUUUCUUCUUCUCGUUUUUCUUUUUAUUGUUGAUAAAAUCUGAAGACUUGUUCAUAUUAAAAACUAAGAUCUGUU